AAAAAAAAAGCACAGAAGCAGGCAUCACCACAGUUCCCUUCACAUUAUUGUCUAGAAAUCUCCAUUCCCUCACAUGCCUUUUUCAGUUUGUUGCUAUUAUCCUUCCUCUUCAUCACUCUCCCUGUGAAAGCCUUCUUCUCCCAAAUCCCACCUCCUUGGUAGAUCUUUCUUUUUCUAUCUCCACCCACUUCCUUGGUUUCAACCCUCUGGUCAACACACCUUUAAUUUCUCUUUUCUCUGCACAUUCUUGUUUCAAUCAUGGAUGUUUUAUUGCUUGUAGUGCUUAUUUUGUCCAUGACUGAUUACUCAAGUGCAAGUUGGUGUGUUUGUAGGAGUGAUGUGAGUGACACAGCUCUUCAGAAAACCAUAGAUUAUGCUUGUGGAGCUGGAGCUGACUGCACAUCCAUCCACCAAAAUGGGGCUUGUUACCAGCCUAACACUGUAAGGGGCCAUUGCUCUUAUGCUGCCAACAGCUACUACCAGAGGAAAGGUCAAGCUCAAGGGACCUGUGAUUUUGCAGGCACUGCCCAGGUUUCCAUGAGUGACCCUAGCCCUGGUGGCUCAUGUACAUUCCCUGCAACCCCAAGUGCUGCAGGAACUAGUACAUCAACCCCAACAACUGGAACACCAACAACCACAACUCCGACUACAGGAACACCUACAUCUACCACUCCCAUCACCGGCACCGGCACCGGCACCGGCACCGGCACUAGCACAGGGACAACUCCCACAACUACCACUGGAGGAAUCAUAGGAGGGAUUGGCUCUGGUUUGGGCCCCUCAGGUGUUGGCAUAAACUCAGAUUCAACCAGUGAUGGUGGCAUUUCCUUUAAACAGAACUUCUUCAUUUCCCUUUUGCAAGUCCUUUGGUUAUCAGGACUCCUUUUGUUGUGGGGUUGAAGAAUUGACAACAGUUGAGAGUGCCGGCCGAGCUUGGAAUUGAUGAUGGGGUAUGGAUGAUAUGUGGUCACAGAGAGAUGUGGUAUGCAUGUUAAUCUCUCUUGCUCAGUUAGAUUUUUGUAUUUUCCCCCUCUUUCUGUAUAUUUAGAUAGGUACUUAAUUAAUUUAAUGAGAAUUUGGCACCCCAUCCACCCUUCUUAAGCGGGUAUGGAGAGCUUGUGAAAUGU